UCCACCGACCCCUCUUCACCGUUCACCAUACGAGCGUUUCUCACCUGCGAGGCUCCUGACCGAUCGAUCGCCACAGGAUGAAAUACCGAUUUACCGUAGACGCGAUACUCGCGACUGCGAAACCCUCGUCGUUUCAGCGCCUCGCGACACCGACCAGCCCUUCGGGGUCGAACGAUAACACGUUCGCCGAAUAGUCGAAACACUGGAACUCGAGGACCACGAAAGAUCAAAAGCUAAACGUGAAUUCGCGCGAUCGACGCGUAAGAGUAAUAAGACAGGGGGUGUUCGAGCCUGUUGUUCGCUGUGCUUUCGUACAAUUUGCCCCGAGUCGGUCGAGAUGCGCGCCACUUCGCGGGAAGAAAACAGCCCCUUUCCGAGUUAACGCGCGCGGCGAUCGUCGCUCGCGGAUGCUCGGGAAACGUGCACCGCGCGAUUAAACGCUGCUAGUGGAACGAUCGACGAUCGAUAACGAAAAGAGGAGAAAAAAGAACGCCGGGAAGUCGGGUCCGCGCGAUCCACGAUGCGGACACAGUGACGCGAUCGCGAUCCUGGUGAAUCCGAAGACCGGCCGACAUCGAAGAUGAUGCUUCUUCUGCUAUUGUCGUUGCUACCUUUACGGGCACCUGCUUCCGAAUUGUACUUCCCACAGUCGGAUCUGACCCUGAGGCUGCCAUACUUGGCGCGGAACCAUGAGAAAUCAUCCAACGUGAAACUGCUCGAGCUGAGGACGCUUCGAAACGACUCGAUGGAAUCGGAAAACGCGAUCUAUCGCGUCACCGUGCCACGCGAGGGGAUCGUAUCGAUAGAUCCGAAAACGAGAACUCUGUUGUUGCACGGUCCCCUGAAGGAAGGCGGCCCCGGAAACGGCACGAUCGUGAUCCUGGCGAAGGAGGACGAGGCCAGCAACGAGGCUGUCCUGAAGAUCGAAGUUCAGUCGAUUCGCGUCGAGGGAAAGCAAAUUAAUUGCACGGAGUACGUUCAGGAUAUGUGCUUCUGGAACUCGUCGAGAUACAAGAUCUACGAGAACCAACCGAUCACGAUGAUCGGUAGCUUCGGGCCCGCGGCUUACGCGGACAUUUGCCCCAAGUUUUACGUGACCGGGUACAAGCUGCUAAACGGCACUGAGUAUUUCCACGCGACGAACGACACGCUGUUCGCGAACGCUUCCCUGGACAGGGACGUGUUGGGUCCUCCGGGAGGACCAGGACCUCGCGUCAGCGUUCAGGUUCAGUGCAUCGUGUGGGAGGAGACCACGGGUAAGCAGUACGCCCCGAUAAAGGUCCUGGACGUGGAGAUUCUGGAUCAGGACGACAACGCGCCGAUGGCCCAGGGAAACGAUUCGAUCGCCAUUAAUCUACGCGACUUCACCGCGGGCGACAAGCUGGUGGACGACAACAUGUUGAUCCUGCAGGACGCGGACACGGUGAGCAGUAAUCGUUACGUGGUACGCAUAAUCGGGGACUCGCACGACGCCCUGAACGUCACCUACAAUACUCUGCCGAUCGACAUCGGAGUCCCAUACACGGCCAUUUUUACGAGGAUCUCCGCGAAAACCACUCUGCUGCCAAAGUCGCCUUAUCGAGUGACGGUUCAGGUGAAGGACGUGUCUCUUCUCCCGGGCUACGGCGAGAACACGUUGAACAUCACGUUGACCUUCCACGGGCCGGAACACCGAACAUCGACGUCGACGACGACGGUGUCGUCGGUAUCGAGCAGACAGCAAUUAUCGUAUCCUUCGAGCGUGAAAGUCGCUCGGCUGGCGUCUCGUUACUCGCGAGUCGCGAAACCGUCGAGCGAGCCGCACCCUUCUGUAAACUUCAGCAUCCACGGCUCGAACGCAUUCAACGUUACCCAGAAGGGGGGCAUCGUCUACGUGGCCGACGAAAAUCUGCUCAAGACGGAGCCACCGACGUUGCAACUGAAGAUCAAGUGGAGCGGUAGGGAUCAUUGGAAGAACAUAAGGAUCAACUUGACGACGGUGCAAGCCUCGAAGGACGACGGGUGCAAUCACGUCGAGUUCGGACGAUUGCAUUCCUGCGCCAUCGCGGAAACGCCGGAGGACUGCGAAUCCAGCUGCGGUGUCGCCAGCGGACUUUUCAGCAAGGGCAGUUUCGUUGGACGUUGCACGUGGAGGAGGAACAAUCGUUCGAACAGUUCCUACCUGUCGGAGAACUAUCCGACCUGUUCUCCCGAUUUGAGUCACUGCCCGGACAAUCGGUGCGACCAGCUCGAAGAACUGGACGCUCGCAUUUGCCCUCAGGAUUGCACCAUCGAAUCGUACACGCUGUUCGCUGAAAUGAACGAAGGCGGACGUGGAAUCAAGAGAGGUCUGGGAACCUGCGCCUGCACCGAUCAGCUGCAAUGCGCCUGCAACGUCCGUAGCUUUCCCGCGCGAAACGACAACAACGAGAAAAGCAAUAAAGACGCGAGAGGCCAUGAGUUACGAGACCGAGAAAACGAGGUCACGGCGCCUAAUACUCAAAAAGCAGGUACCGGAUCCUGCGGCCCUUUCUGCAUGAUAGGCCUGAUCGGUGGUAGUUUCGUCGUGCUGAUCGCGAUCGUUCUCUACGUCGUCGUUUCGAGAUUCAGAAUGGCCGCGAAAGGAGCUCGUCGCGAGAGCAAACGGAGAGCAGCGAACGGAGACACGAACGGGGUUGCUAUAUUGCCCUCCGAUUACAUCGACCGGGGCGACGGGCUGCUGAUCGGAUUGGACACCUUCACCGCGGCAAAUCGGCACUUACUCAUCCCCAAGACCUACCCGCCGGAUCCGAAAUGGGAAUUCCCGCGAUCACGGUUGACCAUCGAGCAAGUGCUGGGCGAAGGGGAAUUCGGUCGUGUUUUGCGCGCCAAAGCAAUCGACAUCGAUGGAACGACAGGUCCGACAACCGUGGCGGUUAAAACUCUCAAGGAACACGCCUGUGCAUCGGAGCUCGCGGACUUGCUCUCGGAGUAUCAGCUCCUGAAGGAGGCACAGCAUCCGAACGUGAUCAAGCUCCUGGGUGCUUGCACCACUCCGGGAGCCCCGGUCUACCUCAUCAUCGAGUUCGCGGAGUUUGGAUCAUUGCGAAAUUACUUGAGACGCAGCCGACACUUGGAAUCCGAGGGGAGAUCCGGUGGUUGCGCCUCGUUGUCCAACCUGGCCGAGGAAUCGCGGGACACGGACGCGACGUCCACGUAUACCGUCACGUCUCGCGACAUUCUCUCGUUCGCCUGGCAAAUCAGCAAAGGAAUGGCCUAUCUCGCCGACAUUAAGUUGGUUCACAGAGAUCUCGCGGCUAGAAACGUGCUACUAGCGACGGGAAAAGUCUGCAAGAUCUCGGACUUUGGACUGACGCGCGACGUCUACGAGGACGACGCGUACCUCAAACGCAGCAAAGGACGAGUACCCGUGAAAUGGAUGGCACCGGAAUCCCUGGCCGAUCACGUGUACACCAGCAAGUCGGAUGUUUGGAGCUUUGGUGUCCUCCUGUGGGAGCUGGUCACUUUGGGAGCCUCUCCCUACCCUGGCGUCGACGUUCACAAUCUCUACAAUUUACUCAAAGCCGGGUACCGCAUGGAGAGGCCGCCCAAUUGCUCGCAACAUUUGUACAAGUUGAUGGUGUCGUGCUGGCACCAAGAACCCGGAAUGAGGCCGUCUUUCAAAGAGCUGACCAGUCAUUGGGAAAGAAUGUUAGAGGAUAGCGUCGAAUACUUGGAUCUAAAUCCUAGAACCGUCCACAAUCAGGCCUACUUCGCCUCCCUUCACGACCUGGACAGUCCAAACAAUUCGAAAUGUUUCGACGCGACAGGUUCCGGGAACGACGAGAACGACGCGGGUAAGAACAACUCGUUGCGAACCGACGUCGUCAACUAUCUCGAGAAGCCGUCUUCCGACACGGUGACCAAGUGCGACAAGGUCGACAAGCUUCACACCCUCUGGCAAGAACCUGUAGCCUCCUUCCCCGAGGAAUCCGUCAAGUUGUCAUACGUGAACGAUCGGUCGCCGAGCUUGCGCGCGAAUCACUACGAAAGCCCGAUUAAAUUCAGAAACGCGAGCGUGACCAGCGACAGCGAGAACGACCUGGUCACGCCGACCAACGAACGGCCGCAAUCCUACAUCGACAUGGAGGGCAAGAAGUCCGCGGAGUCCGAGGACCUUCUGGUAUUCGCCAGUAUAAACGGUACCAACGACAGAGACGAAGGUAACUGAGGAACCGACAAGGAAACCCGAGGAUGAAAACUGACGAAUUGUUCGCGGAUCGCGAGCAACGGAGGCUACGAAACGAAAAUCGGCGUUCCGCUCCUUUACGAUACCGAAGGAUUUAAAACGACGCGAUACCCGUGGCAGGAUAAUAAUCGAUAUCGCGUAACCAAUACGAAUAGUCGACGAAGAAGCCUAUUUUUAUGUAUAAAGUAUCGCGUCCUAUAUCGAACAUAUAGGAAAUGUACUUAUUAUCUCGUCUACCUAGAUGUAUCCGAAUCAUUUCGAUGCAAACUGCACACGCCUUUGUACUCUGAUACUCUUUGCUGUCGAAACGCGCAACGGUAGAACGCGUACGAACCCCAACUUCGAUCUUCCCUGCGCUUUAUCGUUUACGAGUAGUUUAAUUUAUAAGAACGAAGAUGUCGAACGUUUCCCACCCACCGAUUGUUUUCCGAACAACGUAGCACGCAUCUCUGUUAAUUACUUCAUCUUCCAACAUUUUUUACGUCGAGGAAUCGAAAUUUCAUCGAGAAACAAAGCGACAAGGAUUAGAGGAUUCGCCAUAAAUUAUUAAAUGUUUAAGCUUCCAAUCGAGUAAAAUGCACUUAUACCGCGCACGUGCUUCCCGCUUUCGCGUACACGCCUAGAACAGCGUUUAAAGUGUUGGAUGAACACGGAACUGAAGAACGAGAUUCGAUAACCGUCGACGCGUAGACUUAAAUACGACUACCGAUCGAUGUAAUCAUAUCCAAAGAAGACUGCGUUUCCAUACCUCGUCGAACAAAUACGUCCCUUUUGUAUUUAUGUAUAAAGCAGAGCAUUCCAUUACAUUAGUUAGUUAUCGUUUACCGCGCAAAUCUACACGUACAAGUUUCGUUUGUAUCGUGUUCUAUAAUUCUUAUUACUUUUCGAGAGUUGACUAGUUUUAGCGAAGACGCAUACCGUGAACAUAACUGUUAUCGUGCCAUCGUUAUUUUCUUGUACCUAAUAUACAUAUAUAUAUAUAUAUAUACACAC